AAUCAAGCUAGCUAGCAGUAAAUUAGAAGCGGCGUUCGCAUUUACAUGCUCUAACAUAAACUAACAACUUUAAAACGGAAACUAAUCCCCUUUAAAUCGAAUAAUAAGCACAAUUCGCUGUCUGUGACGUGCAGUGUCUUAAACCUUGGUUAUUAUAUUUAUAUCGUUAGCUCAUAACUAGGUACUUGAAUGCAGCGCAAUACUUUCACAAUGGCUCAUUUGGGCUGUGAAGUCAUCAUGGACAUAGAAAUAGAAUAAUAUUUAGUCGACUACAUCGCUCCUUAAUUAGUUAGCUGAGCAUCCUUGUGAAGGCUUGUUACCCUGACUUGUGUUCAUGAAAGGUUGGAGGACAUGGUCGUGAAUCUGUGCCUGCCACACUUCAACACAAACAUCAGCUGCAGCAAGGUGUGUGCCGAUGGGUACGAUGUCACAAACCUUAUAUCGGCGGACCCCGCUCUGCGGAGGCGAGGCUUCAAACUGGAGUACUUUUUACGUCCUCCUGUGCAGGUGACGUUAAGGUUCGGCUUCCAGGUGGAGCUUUGCAGGGUGGACGUGGAGCUGUGGCCCUGGGGCUUCGACCGAGGAAAGUGCAGCAAGAGACUGGAGAUCAGCACCAGCUCCGAUCCACUUACCCCUCAGAAUAUUGGCCAGGAACAGGUUAACGACGGGCUUCAGACGCAGGGACAUCUGGAGCAGAAGAGCGGAAAACAACAGCAGUGCCAUCCAGCUCGUCUGUUGAAUGGCCACCAGCGGAGUCUCCAGGCUCAGAGGUCUGGUGAGAAGACUUUGGAUGUGCCUCGGCCAAAGAUUCAUACUCAAUCAGGCAGUUCUGAGCAUGAGUUUAAAAUGGUGGGUCGUUGUGAACUCAAGGAGGAAACAAAAGUUAGUUUCUCCCGUCCUCCAUUUCAUCCGCGACCUCCCUUCGUCUCCUCCCCUCCUCCCCCCGCUGCCGACGGUCGGCGGGAGGAGCUGUGGAGCCGAGGACACCUUUCUUUGACGACUGUCACGCAGCUCCGCGUCACGCUGCCUUUCGGCGGCUCUGCGUCGGCGCUCGGCCUCAAGGCUUUGGCAGUGUGGGGGCAACCAGCUAGUUGCUGCCCCCUGGAGGAAGUUGAGAAGAUUGAGCACAUCCACAAGGCCAAUCAAAGACUGUUACAUCAACCUGUCCCAGCUGUCUAUCAAAUCAAACAGCCCUGCCAGGGCACACCUCCGAGCAUUCAAUCUCUUAAUUCAAUCCCAGAGGAGUUCCUUGACCCCAUAACCCAGGAAGUAAUGGCUCUUCCCAUGCUGCUUCCGAGCGGCAUGUCUGUGGACAGCACCACGCUGGAGGAGCACCAGAAGAGGGAAGCCUCCUGGGGGAGACCCCCGAGCGACCCGUUCACCGGCGUCCCCUUCACGGCCGCCUCCCAGCCGCUCCCAAAUCCCCAGUUGAAAAGGCGAAUCGACUAUUUCCUCCUACAGAAUGGUGGCACGAGGAGGGACAGGACAACGGGGAGACGAGGGGAGGCAGAGAAGCCACAACCCUCAAGGCUCAUUGGCUCUUUGGCGGCAAACGGUAAUCACUGUAUGAUGGCUGCCACAAGAGAGGACCCCGCAUCGGAACAGUCGUCGAAUCACGGAAAUGCUCCAUGUGACUCGAUGCUUCUUAACAAAAACACAACACUUGAGAUUGACGGAGUGAAGAAACGACACUUGAGUGGAUCAGAACCACCUGCAGCUGUGCAACUACUACUACCUCAAACUAAACGACCAAGAAGUGACACAAACUCGGUCUCUUCCAGAGGGCCAAGCAGCAGCAGCUCGCACGAACAACGUCUGUCAGCCAGCCUGGACGACGCCCUCUUUUCCGUCUUAAAGGGACGACCCUCCUUUACGUCAAACUUGUCUAUGCGUGGGCCGGCCCCUCCUGUCACUGAGUCACUGGACUCCCCAACUCAGUGUCAGGCCACUAUUCCUAGUGCUGAAGACGAGAAGACGUGUUCAUCUUGUUCCCGCGUACUCUCUCCAUACUCGACGCGGCCGUCGCCCGUUUACCGGCUGAUCUGCGGCCACUUGCUGUGCCGCGCCUGCCUGCAAAGUAACUCGGCACCCGCGCGGAACUCCGUCGCCACGGCAACGGCCUCCGCCCGCAUCAUGUGCUCUACCUGCCGAAGCGCCACCUCUCGCAGCGACAUCAUUCGCGUGCAUCACUAGCCUGCCCGGAGACAACGCAAAGAAACAAUUUGCUCUCAAGCCGAAGUCUCUUCAUCGAGCGCCACAGCCUUGGUUCGGAUGGCUUGUGGGAACACAAAGAAGCCUGAGGACAGUGUGCAGCGUAGCCACAGGCUAAAUGCAUAAAGAGGGACGUGUGGAGACUGAAGCUUCAUGAUCAUCUAACCGUCUAGUGUCAUGCACCCACCAUGUCACAUUCAGACUGCUAUUUCGGAUAUUUGGAAGAAUAAAUCCAGCAAUUAAGUCAAGAAAUGAUCAGCAAAGUUUGUGUUUCCCAACCUUUAUUAAACCAAGCCACAUACCGGUACAUCUCAAUAAAUUAGAAUAGUGCCAAAAGAUUAUUUAGUUAGGUAGUUCAAUUCAACAAGUGAAAUUAUUUU